AUUCAUUCCUUUGCUUCAAAGAAACAAAUGUUAACAGUAGUAGACCUAGUUGUUGUCUUAAUUCUUUUUCUGUUUUUUUUUCCCACAUACCACAUUCAUUAGAAUACCGCUAUAAUACCCAUCUUUUCCAGCUUGUUCCCCUCAGACCGCGUUGUUUUGAUUUUACUCGGCUUCUUUCUUUCUUUCUCUCUUUAAAAAACCCAACCCAACCCUCGCAUUGAAUGGAUCUGGAAUUGAGAUUGCAGUGUAACAUCCAGCAGAGACAUCGGACCCACGAAAUAGGGGUGAAAUAGUACGAGUCAAGAACAAUCUGAUGUGGAAUAAGUAAGAAGAACAAGAACAAGAAGUCUUUCUCAGUAGUCUGAGUCAUUUGAAGAAUCAAUCAAUCCCACCCAGUCAGUCAGUCAGUCAAGUCAUGAUAUAGAUAAAUGCUUUAUCAGGGUCCCCUUCCCCAUCACUUCACACAAUCUGUCUGAUUGAUUGCAGAAAAGGGCCAUGAGCCCAAUUGCUGGAAAGUUUCUUCAAUAGUUUUUUAACUCAUUCAAAUAUAAAUAUACAAAUAUAUAUUAUUGUUGUUGACAAGGUUGUAAGGUACCUAGGAGUUUUGAUGAGCAUGAGUAGCGGAGGUGCACCGUGUGGAGCGUGCAAGUUUCUGAGAAGGAAAUGUGUUAGUGGAUGUAUUUUUGCCCCAUAUUUUGAUUCGGAUCAAGGGGCAGCCCAUUUUGCGGCGGUGCAUAAGAUCUUUGGAGCCAGCAAUGUGUCAAAGUUGUUGCAGCACAUCCCCCUGCCUAAGCGUGGAGAGGCCGUUGUCACCAUCUGCUAUGAAGCUCAGGCCCGCCUCAAAGAUCCUGUCUAUGGCUGCGUUGCCCACAUCUUUGCUCUUCAGCAGCAGGUUGUGAAUUUGCAGGCAGAAUUAGCCUUCGUACAGUCCCAGUUAGCAAAUCGAAUGGCUUCUCACACUCACACUCAUGCAAAUGAACUCACAACACCUCCAUUCAUCGCAUCUUCUUCAUCCUCAUAUGACCACCGUUCAAAUCAAUUUGAUGCAGCUCAGCUUUCUAUUUCCUGUCACGCUGUAAAUUCAGGUGCAGGUGCAUCCAGUAGCCUUCCAUACAGCGAACGACUGAAAGAAGAAAGCAGUGUUUCAGCUUUUCCGGCCAUGCCCACCUACAAUAACAUCUCAGCCUCGCAACUAGUUGAGCCGGGAAAUUUCAUGAUACCUGAAAUCUUUCAAAGGAACCGGGAAAAUGAAGAUUCAGAUGAUGGAGGUGAGCUUCAGGCUUUAGCCCACGAGCUUCUUCGCAGAAAUGCUUCAAAACCAUUAUCAAGGUCCUCUUAAUGGCGGCCAGCUUUUCAUAUACACAAAUAAGCUUAGCAGUAUCAGAUCACACUGAGUUCUGAGCUAGGUAUAUAGUUCAAUAGACAUGAUGUAUACACAUACAAUGUUAGCCCUACAGUACGGGAGUCACAGAAAAUUUCUCAAUUUCUAAGAGCUGGAAAUUAAAGAGCCUUAUUUUAUUUA